AUGGAACCAAAGUCACCAAAAUCUACAGACACAGCAGCAACAAUAGCAUCAUUAUCAUCAAGAAUUACUCUAUUGGAAGAUGAAUUAGAAGAAGCCGGUAAAGAAAUGGCUGAAAAUAUUAGACGUGAGGUGGAAUUACAAAUGGAAUUGGAUUGUGUUAUUGCGCAGAAAGAAGAAGACAUUCAAGCUGCCACUGAACCUUUAGUAAACAAAAUAUCACAGCUAGAAACUGAACUAUCAUAUUCCACUUCUUCCUCUGGUAGUGAUGGUAGUGGUUAUAAUUCAGGAUUCAGUUCACCAACACAUAGUAACCAUGAAUAUUAUAAUAUAGAAAGGAUAAAACAGGAAAUUAACAAUAAACAUUUAAAUGAAUUAGAAGAAAUUAUGGAACAAAAUAAAAAAACCGUGGAGAAGUUAAAUAGCGAAAAUAGCGAAAAUGAAAAAAAAUUAGAAAAUUUUGAGGUUGAAAUAAGGAAUUUGCAAAAUGAAAUUGGAAAUCGCGAAUCGGAGGUUGGAAAUUUAAAAAAGGAAAAUAAAUUACUAAUAGGCGAAAAGAAUUUAUUGAGUUCUGAACAAUUAGAAAACCUCAAAAUUGAGAAAUCAAGAGAAAUGGAAAAUUUACAAAAAAUUAAUCUUGAUGAAGUUGCAAACCUUGAAAGUAAACUUUUGAAUGCUAGCAAUAAACUUGCCUCCAUCGAAAAUUCCUUCCAAGAAUUAAAUUCCAAAUAUCAACAAUGCACGCAAAAUAAUUCGCAAGCAUCAACCGAACUGAUUUCCGCAUAUGAAAAAGUUCAAGAAUUUGAAGAUAAAAAUAGAAUUCUAGAAAAAAAUUGCGAGGAAUUGUUCGACGAGAAAAUAAAACUGAAUGCCGAGAAAGAAAUGUUCCUAAAAGAUAUCCAGAAAAUAAAACUUGAGAAAUCGGAAUUGGAAAAUGAGCUUAAGGAAUCGCACGGCAAAUUGGACGAAUUCAUGAAAUCCAUGAAAGAGAAAUGGGAAUCGCAAUAUCGAGAUCUUGAACAAAGACAUCAAGAAACUGAGUCAAAGCUGGAAGAAACUGAGUCAAAGCUGAAAGAAUCUGUCGAGAGAAAUGAACUUAUUUAUGAAGAAUUGAUGAAAGAAAAAGAAAAAGAAAAAUCGAAUGAAAUGAAUCACGAACAGUUGAACGAGAGAUUGAGAGCGUUGGAAAAACAAAACAAAGAGAAAAUUAAAGAAUUAAAGAAUCUUCAAUCGUUGAUCAAGUCAGAAAAUGAGCGAUGGAAAGAUAAGGAGGAGAAUUUUAUGAUAAACUACGAAAAAUUGGAAUUGAAAUUUAAACAAAAAGAAUCCGAAUACGAUAUUAUAAAUGAUGAGUUGGAAUUUAUUACGGCCGAGAACAAAUCCAUCAAGCAAAAAUUGUUUGACAACGACAAGGAGAAAAUAUUGAUCGAUCGAGAGAAAAGACAGAUUGAGAUCGAAUUCAAGAAAUUGCUGGAAGAGAAAGAAAAUCUUUCCAAACAAUUGGACGAAAUCGAAAAUCAAUAUCAAGAAGAAAUUUCAAUUAUUGCCAAAGAAAUGCAAAGAAGAUUAGAAUCAACUAGUAAAUUACUUCAAAAAAUAACAAAUUUGGAAAGUUCUCUAAAAUCUUCUAGGCUUGAAUGCAAAAAAUUGAAUGAAAAAUUGGCGGAAAUUCAACUCGAUCAUUUCGAAGCAGUUAACGAGAAAAACAAAGUAAUUGAAGAAAAAUUCGAAGCUCAAAAGAAAAUCGAAUCGUUAGAAUCUAGACUUGAAAGUCUUAAUAAAUUAUCAGGUUUGGAAAAGAAAGACUUGAGAUUAAUGGAAAAAUAUCAUGAAGUGUUGGCUAAAAAUAUGGAGUUAACAAUUCAAUUAACUAUGAAGGCUCUAAUUCUUGUUGGAGGGUUUGGUACUAGACUUCGUCCUCUUACCCUCACACUUCCAAAGCCUUUAGUAGAGUUUUGUAACAAACCAAUGAUAUUGCAUCAAAUAGAAGGUCUUGUUAAGGUUGGAGUAAAAGAUAUUGUUUUGGCCGUUAAUUAUCGACCAGAGAUUAUGGUUAAUCUUUUGCAAAAAUACGAAGAAAAAUAUAAUGUCAAGAUUACGUUCUCAGUUGAAGAAGUACCUUUAGGAACUGCUGGUCCUCUUGCUUUAGCUAAAAAAACACUUGGAAAAGAUCAAUCACCUUUUUUUGUUUUAAAUAGUGAUAUCAUUUGCGAGUAUCCAUUUGAAGAAUUAAGAGAUUUUCACAUUGCACAUGGAAAUGAAGGAACCAUUGUUGUCACAAAGGUAGAAGAACCUUCAAAAUAUGGUGUGAUUGUUAAUCAUGCCGAUUCAACUUGUAUUGAAAGAUUUGUUGAGAAACCUACAGAAUUUGUUAGUAACAAGAUCAACGCAGGAAUUUAUAUUUUUAAUCCUUCUAUACUAGAUAGAAUUGAGCUUAGACCAACCUCAAUUGAAAAAGAGAUUUUCCCAAAUAUGGCAAAAGACACUCAAUUGCAUUCAUUCGAUCUUGAAGGUUAUUGGAUGGAUGUAGGUCAACCAAAAGAUUUCUUAACUGGUACAUUCCUAUAUCUCUCCAAUCUUGCAAAAAAACAACCUAAUCUUUUGGCCAGUUCUGCUUGUGAUUACAUAUAUAAAGGUAACGUGUUGGUUGACGAGACCUCUCAGAUAGGUACUGAUUGUAAAAUUGGUCCAAAUGUCACAAUUGGUCCAAAAGUUGUAAUUGGAAACGGUGUCAGAUUAGAAAAUUGUGUUAUAUUAGAAGGUGCUCGUAUCAAAGAUUAUGCUUGGGUAAAAAAUAGUAUCAUUGGAUGGCAUUCCUCACUUGGAAAAUGGACACGUCUUGAAGGAGUGUCUGUGUUAGGAGAUGAUGUAAGUGUCAAUGAUGAGAUUUAUGUAAAUGGAGGUAAAGUUUUGCCACAUAAAUGUAUCAGCGCUAAUGUUACAGAACCUCAAAUUAUAAUGUAA